CACCUCCAAACCUGAAAACAGAUGCGCUCAUAAAGACGUUUGUAAUUAGACUGGAGCUGCACCUGUCUGUGUGCCUCAUGUGACCUCUAUAAGAGCUGUCACUGUGAACUCAAAACAGAUACUGUAUAUUUUUGUUCGAACAGUCACUGUAUGUAGGUCUCCUGGUUGUUCCAGGUUUCCCUGCCGUAAAAUCAACUAUGUCAGAGUGACCGCCAAAUACACAGGAUAAUGUGCCCUCUGCUUAUUGAGGCCCCCACACUUUUGUACUGCUCUGUCCCUUCAUCCCAUCUGGACAUUUCAAUUUCUUUUCGUUAGAACCACACCAGACUCUCCACUAGAUGGCGCAGUAGAGACAGGAAUUAGGCAUGCUCCCUAAUCCUUGAGUUUCUGCAAAGUUUGUGCCACCUCGUGUAAUGCACAGUGUGUGUAUAGGUAUUUCUAAUGUUGUAAAUCCACUCGUUUAACUUAUUUGUUAUUUAAAUGAUAAUUAACCAGAAGAAACGGCACUCGUCUAGCGAUAUAGGCUUUUGAAACUAACCAUGCGUGGGUGACACAGGUUGGCGUUAAUAGACUAUUUUAUAGAUGUACCCUGCUGGUGUGCGCAUUUCAGCCCUUCUAUAUUAACCCAGCCCCCGUGCGCCCCUCGGUGGGUUUCGAUGUGCCGCUGUGGGCUCUGCUGUAGGCGCUGCUGUGGUUGGCACAUGGGCUUCUGACUCCGGGUGAUUGUGAAACGGCAGCUCUCAAAUGCAGCUGAGGAUCUAAUAUCAGAGCGCAGAGCCCGGUGUGUGUGGGACGGGCCUGUGACGCGCGCGCCGGGCAUGUCUGAAUAAAAACGCACCAACGCAAAGUAGCCUAAUGAAAAGGUGUCGGCGCAUCGCAUCUGUUUGAUUCUAAACUCAGCCCAGUGGACAGGAACAUGUGGCCUCAUCACUAACAUCCGCAACAGCAUCUCCCGACACACAGCACGGUGCCAGAGCCAUGGGCAGUAAGAGCGUGGCUGCCCCUGUGCCUCUCCACCCCUCCCUGCCUCUGGGGGGGUAUUCUCUGCUCCACAGCUCCACAGGGCUGCAGCUGCCGGCCGAGCACCUCCACAGCUAUGGCUUCAGUGCUCUCCAUGCUGUGCACCUGCAGCACUGGGCGCUGUACCCCCCUGUGCCCCUGUCCCGGAGAGCACUGUCUAAGAUCCCGGCGUACUGCUCCUCAGUGGCCUCCUUUACCCCCUUCCCUCAGCUGCUCAGACCCAGACUUAGCUCCAAGACUAAGCCCCGUUUUGACUUUGCUAACUUGGCUGCAGCUGCCACACAGGAGGACAGUGUGAAGGCGGAGGACCUGAGCAUGAGCGCUGUCCACAGCCCCCCUCUGCAGCCCCCUCGUCCGGGGUAUCUGUGCCAAGACAAGGUGCCUCCUCCCUCUGAGAGAAGGUCCAGCCGAGGCCGAGUGCCCUCCAAGACCAAAAAAGAGUUUGUCUGUAAAUUCUGUGGACGCCAUUUCACCAAAUCAUACAACCUGCUGAUCCACGAGCGCACGCACACAGAUGAGAGACCGUACACCUGUGAUAUCUGCCAUAAAGCCUUCAGGAGACAGGACCACCUCAGGGACCACAGGUACAUCCACUCCAAAGAGAAGCCCUUCAAAUGCCUCGAGUGUGGAAAAGGUUUCUGUCAGUCUCGGACUUUGGCUGUGCACAAAACCUUACACCUGCAGGUCAAAGAGCUGCGGCCGCCUAAAGUCAAAUGAGCCCAGUGCCCAGUGCCCUGUGCUUUCUAUCCAGUGUCCAGUGUUCUGUGCCUACAGGAGCAGACUGACCCUGACCCACACUGUGCAGAGGGCCGAAGCUGCUCAGGGCAGACAAAGCCAAAGUAAUUUCUUUACUCUUAUGCAAUUGUAAACUGUAACUGUAAAAUAACCCAGUGUUCUCACGUAUAACACAUUCCAUUGUUAAUACUAGACCAAUGUACCAAAUGUAUCAUAUAUUUUUGCACUUUGACUUGAUUGUAGAUUUUUUUUAGUCACUGGAUUUCUUAAAAUAUAUAGUCAAUGUUUGUUAUAAAGUGUUUUUUGCAGCUUUUGUCUGUUUUGUAAUUGUAACAUAUUUAGUAUAUGACAGCUUUAAUCAAACUAUAUGAAAUAUGUGAAAUUGUGU